GUUUUAAAUUUUGUGCAAAAUUUUUUUUAAAACUAACCCGUGCGCCACCAUGGCUUUCCAACGUUCGUGACAACGCGUUCAGCGAAAAAUAAAAAAUAAACAGUCUGGUAAUUCCGGUUUGCCAUGCUUAAGUGGACAAAACAACAAAAUCUGCUACAACAGUCUACUUCUUUUCCUUUAAAUGCCACACUACUGCACAAAGCACUGACUAAGAAAGCUCACUGUCACACUCAAACUCAUUAUAACCUCACUAAUUUCAUCUGUAACACAACAAAUAGCAACAACUACUCUCACGGGCGCCCAUUUGAAAUACAAUCCAUCGUUAAAAUCUCCCGCGAGCAUCCACUCCACUUAUCUGCCAAGAGAAGCGUCGAGAAGAAAAUGCCUACUAUGACACACGUACUCGAACGCCGUCGCCUGCAGCGCUACUCACUCGACAACCAAUUGGAGGUGCCUUCGCCUCGUCGCAUACGUCACUCACUCACUAGUGCAGCGAAUAAAGAGAAUUUUGACGUACAUUUUACACGUAGUUCCUUCGGCCAUACCAGCCUCACCGCCUUCCAGGAUCUUAGCAACGGCAAGAGCCCAAUACGCGUCGAGUAUACACCUACGCGCGCGGCCCUACGUUACCAAACACAAACUCCAAAUAAUGUUGCCUCGCGUGAUAAUUCUCUCUCCUCAUCACGCAUGGGCGAUGUAACGCUAGAUCGCAUGUUGGAUGCCAUAAUCGAGAGCGCGCGUAAGGAUGUGCAACGCGUGUCGGCGGUGCGUCGUAUGGAGAAUGGGCUGCCGCAGACAGCAGACUCGCCCGUUGUGGUGAGUGAUGGUGAAAUGAGCAUACACGAAAUGGAGGUGCGCACGCCCACGCAUCUCAAGCGUCAGCGUGUCGUGCGUCGCAAGAAUACCAAAACGACGGACACGCGGCGUAAAGUAGAAGCGUUUGAAGCGGUAGCAGCAGCGCAGCUCACACCGCCAGCACCACCGCCGCCGCAAACGCAACCACUAAUUGGUCUAACACUACCCGAUGGCAUACCGAGUCCCGAUACGCCACUCUUCAAGCCGUCUAUUGCCUCAAACAUCGAGCUGCUGGUCAUGCAGACGCCACCGAAUGCAACAUUCAUUGUAGAUAACAACUACGUUUCGUCUACGGCUGGCGGUGCAACAAAUGGCGCCGCAGAGUUGCCGCAGCGUUGCUCGACGCCCACCUUGGUGGAGGAGAUGCCCUCUAUUAAGCGCUGUUUGAGCUUCUCCUCAGCGAGUGAUGAGGAGGACGAUGCGGAUUUUAGCAAUGCGGCAAAGCGUAGCUCUGUAGCUUCAUCCAAUACCAGUUCGACAAUGGGCGAACACUACUGCUCGGGGCGCGCCUCACAGAAUUCGUACACAAAAAGUGCGGGCCCCGCGGCAGUGCGCGGCAAUGUGGAGCUCGCAAUCAAUGUGGAGCGUCAACAAUUAAAUGUACAUGUUAUACGCUGUCGCGAUUUGCAACGUCCGAAUGGUUCGACGGCGUUGAACGCCUAUGUUAAAGUCGCGCUCAUACGCAAUGAGGCGAACUCCAAGCCAACCGAGAAUCAUUUCCAACGCACUGCCGUACAUCGACACUCCAGUCGCCCGUAUUUCGAUCAUCGUUUCCGUUUCGAUUUGGGCGCACAAGAGCAUGUGGAGCCGCAAGCUGCAGGCGCAGCUGAAACCGUGGGCGAUCAUCUACAGCUGGCCGUGUGGCAUCGGGAUCGGCAACUAAAGUGAGUACGAUCGCAAGAAAUAAACGAUUUUCGUAUAAACUCACUGGUAUAAAAGCUCAUUAGAGUAGCUUUAGUUGGGCUUGCUAACUAUUAAACACUGGUUAAAUGUGCACAUAAAGCGCUGUUAAAUGCACUGGAGCUCCAAAUAUGUAAGCAGCAUUGGAGGUAGUUUUUCUUGUGAACGACAAGGAGCAACAAAAAAUUUUUUAAUGAAAAAGAGAUUUUUGAACACUU